UGUUGGAUUCAACACUUAUGGAAUACGUAAUUCGUAACGUUCCGACUUGGCUGAAUAAGAAGGACUUAUCGAAAGCUCUAGAAAGAGUAGAGAUCAAGUUCGAUUCCCUGAAGAAGUUACACGGUUGGAACUACAGUUUCAUCUUGUUUUCUUCAGAAGAAGAGGCAAAUCAAGCAAAAGUUGUUUUUGAACGCCAAAAAAUCAAAGGUUUCCAGUUUGAGUUGGAACCAGCACGCAACGUCAACAAGAAGCGUAAACACACGGAAUAUUUACAAAGAAUUGACGAGAGAAUAAAGCAAGCCAAUUGCUCACUAACCAAGGAGGAUCCCGAAAGUGAUUCAAAAAAGGCAGUUGCUGAUGUCGUGGCACCGUGGCGCCACUACAGUUAUCCUGAACAGAUUCGACGGAAAAGAAGUGCUAUUCUUGCAGUUCUCGCCAGAAUUACGUCUUCUCUAAAGUCUCAGGCCGGAUCUGGCUCGUUAACUUGGUUGAAGAGCCUACAGAAGAGGCCCUGUUGUACACUUGAGAGCGUAAUAGAUAUGCCAGAAGAAGAAGGUGCCAGGUUGUUUUACCGGAAUAAGAACGAGUUUACUAUUGGCUUCAGCUACAAAGACGAUGGCUUAUCCAUCGAAACAGUUGGUUUUGCUCUUGGUUUGUUUCGAGAGGGAGAGGUAGGGGUUGCCUCUGUAAAUGAAGAGUGCGUAACAACCUCAAAGAAAGCUAUUGCAAUUGCCAAUAUCCUGGAAGUUUUCAUAAGAAGCAGCCAACUUCCUGCGUAUGAUAAACGCACUCAUAAAGGUUUUUGGAGACAGGCUACAGUACGAGAAGGCUUCCGUACGAAGGAGAUUUUAGUGUUAAUACAGGUUCAAACAGAGGGCUUUGACAGAAACAUCAUUCAUAAGGAAACUAGCCGGAUAGUUGAGUUUCUGCUUUCGUCUAGUCAAAGUAUCAAUUUAGAAGUACACGGUAUAGUGUUGCAGGAACACAAUGGAAUUAGCAACUUCGUUCCAACGGAUAAAUGUCCAAUCACGAUUUUUGGUCAACCCUAUUUUCAUGAACAAUUAAUGAAUUUGACAUUUCGUAUCGGUUCGCUGUCUUUCUUUCAGACCAAUACAUUCGCAGCUGAGAGGUUACUUAAUGUUAUAAUGGAAUGGGGAGAAUUGACUAGCCAUUCAACGGUUCUCGAUCUUUGCUGUGGGACGGGAACUAUCGGAAUGUGCCUUGCAUCCAAAGUUGCUCAGGUGAUCGGUAUUGAAUUGGUUGAAGAAGCAGUUAAUGAUGCAAAGGUCAACAUGGAAAUGAAUAAUAUCCAAAAUAUGACGGUAUUGGUUGGAAAAGUAGAAGAUAAGUUAAAAACAGCAAUUCAGUUGUGUCGGUCUUCCCAAAUUGUUGCCAUUGCAGAUCCUCCAAGAGCUGGACUACAUCCUUCAGUUAUCAAGACAUUAAGAAAUGUAGUACAGAUAAAGCGCCUUAUCUAUAUUUCUUGCAAUCCCGCGAAUCUCGUUGGGAAUGCGGUGGGUUUGUGUCGCCCGAAAUCAAAUGCUUUUCGAGGAGAGCCUUUCAAGCCUAUAAAGGCAGUAGGAGUCGAUAUGUUUCCGUACACGGAGCAUGUGGAGCUUGUGACACUGUUUCAUCGAAUUGAAAGUGACAUAAAAUAAGAACUUUUUAGAAAUGCACAUGACAC